GAAAAUCAAAGGGUAGGAAUGGGAAUGUAUCCAAUCAGCGUCGGCGUUGUUUCAGAAGCAUGAUGGGCGAUAGAGCUACCGCAAAAGGCUUUCGAUAGUGCUCAGUAGAACUCGGAGAGUCUCGACUCCAGCACGUUUUUGGCCGUGACUCGUGACGGUCGUGACGCAGACGUAAUAGACAUGGACGCCAGUGUGCCUACAACCAGCAGCAGCAUGGAUACCGGAUCUCAGCAGCCACUGAAUUCAGUUCGGUCUCUUCUCCAGUAUCCGUUCGAGAGGAGAACUAUGGUGGAAAAACUUAAUGUCAAGGAGCUUGGACCAGAUCAGCCCGACGUAAAGAUAAGCCAGCAGGAGGAGGAGAGAGAUGAGGCAUGGAUUGAGUCAGGAGUUACGGACAUGAAACAUUUUUCUGAGAAGGUGAAGAAACAUGAGUUAUCCCGGGCACACAUGGACAACACGGUGAAGCUAGCUAUGCUAGGCAGAGCUAACAUGGCCACGCAGCUAGAGACGAGGGACGCAGGCUUGCAGUGAAGAAACACAAUGAAGAAGUGGAUCAGAACCGGCACAUUUUGUCCAAGAGAGAGAUGUCAACACAGUGUAUGAGCACAAGGAUGACCUCCUCAGAUGUUUCCAGAUGAUCAGAGACUCGGAUGACUUUGAUCCAGUCACUGAGAGAGAGGCAGGAGGCUUUGUGAGAAUGCUGGAGGAAGAAGAUUUCGGCUUUCUGCUGGCAUUGUGUCACAAGAUCAUGCCACAUGUGGACAUGCUGUUCAACCAGCUGCAGAAGAGGAACACUGACUCUGUCUCCAUCACAGGGGUCAUCCAGAGCUUCACCAACAGCAUGCAAAAGAUCAGGCUCUUGUCGUCCCACCUUCUGUGAAGCUGUCGGCGCUCUUCCUGACAUCCGGCAUCCGUAGGAGAGGAGGCAGGCACACAGGUGGCCGUUCCAGUUAGCUCCACACAGCCAGGGGUGACGGAGAGAGGCCUCGUGAUCUCAACAGGUUGUGCACCAGUAUGCAGGUGGUGUAUUAAGGAUGGAGGACUCGAGUUUAUGUCUUGGUGUCUCAUCAGCGGUGCCUGACACCGAUGCCCACCUCAGCAGUGCAGUGUCAAAUGGCCGUUACCCUAUCAGUCAGAAGCUUCACCAGCUUACUGCCCAGCUAGGACACGCCUUCCCUGAUCUACACCGCCCUCAACAACUUCCUGAGGAGAAGGCUGCCACACCUUUAGAUGAGAAGACACACCACGCAGCCCUGGCCAGUCAACCUAUUAGUAGUCAAAUGGCCCUGUUAGCCAAUCAGCUCAACCGGGACAUUGAUGCGGGGGCACUAAGUGGGCUGAAUGGACGUGUUGACCUCCAGCAGUUUCUCAAUGGGCAGAACUUGGGCAUCAUGUCCCAAAUGAAUGAUAUCGAAGACGAUGCUCGCAAGAAUAGAAAGUACCCUUGUCCUUUGUGUGGGAAACGCUUCCGUUUUAACAGCAUCCUGUCACUGCACAUGCGCACACACACAGGAGAGAAGCCAUUCAAGUGUCCCUACUGUGACCACAGAGCAGCUCAGAAAGGGAACUUGAAGAUCCAUCUACGUACCCACAAACUGGGUAACCUUGGCAAGGGCCGGGGCCGUGUUCGGGAGGAGAACAGGCUGCUGCACGAGCUUGAAGAAAGGGCCAUCUUGAGGGAUAAGCAGAUGAGAGGAAGUGGAAGUCUCGUCCAGACAGCACAAACACCUCAUCUUGUUCUCAGUAGCACCCCUAAUACCCUACAGCAGCCGAUAGGGUCAGCCUGCCCUCCCCCAUCUGCCCUAACAACCCCAGAAACAGUCUCACAGCCCUCCUCUUCACCAAAGCCGGCCAGUCAGGAAGAACAGUCCCCGAAUCCAUCUACAGGCUUCCGCUGUACCUUCUGUAAAGGAAAGUUCAAGAAGCGUGAAGAACUAGACCGUCACAUUCGCAUUCUCCACAAGCCCUACAAAUGUACUCUUUGUGAAUUUGCUGCCUCCCAUGAAGAGGAACUGAUAAGUCAUGUUGAGAAAGCUCACAUCACAGCUGAAACCACACAAGGACAAGGCACAGGUGGAUCUGGUGGUAUGCAGAUGGCCACUGAAUUCCGAUGUGAUGUGUGUGGCCAAGUCUUCAGCCAAGCAUGGUUCCUCAAGGGUCACAUGCGAAAGCACAAGGAUUCCUUUGAGCACUGCUGCCAAAUCUGUGGUCGCCGCUUCAAAGAACCCUGGUUCCUGAAGAAUCAUAUGAAGGUGCAUUUGAACAAGCUGGCUAUCAAGAGCAAGCCACCCCAGCCCAGUGAACAAGACAUUGCAGCCGUCAAUAGCAUGAGCAAUCUGGCUCAAGAAGCUCACGCCAACCUUUAUUCCCGCUACAUCUCCUGUCUUCAAGGUGGUUUCCUUUCACCCGACAAACAAGGCCUGGGUGAGCAGCACCAGAUGUUGGCUAAAGCAGGGAUUGCCAUGAAGGAAAAGGAGAUGCUAGGAAAACUGCUAGGACCAAUGGCAGGCAGUAUUGGUCAUGGGCUGGGUGAAAAUGAAAAGCGUUCCCUCCUCAGUUGUCUUAAUCUGGUGCCACCACUCAAAUCUAGUUGUAUGGAGCGUCUUCAGGCAGCUGCAAAAGUGGCAGAGAUGGACUCUUUUAACAGCUACCAAGCCUGGCAGAUAAUGGCACGUGGCAUGGCCAUGGACAGGGCUUUCAUGCCUAAAGAUCAGCAGCAGCAUCCGCCCCAUAUGACUACAGGGCAAGAAGAAGAGAUGAGUGGUGCAGGAGCUUUGGCCUCCUAUUCAAAGGACAAACAAGACUAUCCCUUGAUACCUUUGAACGAUAGCUCCAAGCAGAAGCAGCUCUCUGAAAACCUUCAGGGAUCUAAGAGCUCUAGUGGAGCCAUAAUACCAAUGAAGGAGGACGGAAGAGGCUUUGAAGCUCAUCGUGAUCUGAUGUCACAUCAUGGUAGUGCUGAGGGUCCUGGAGCUCUGGCUGGAUUAGGAGGCCCAAAUAUCGACUACAGCCUCUCCAGUCUCUCUAGCUUAAAGGAAAAGCCUUCAGAGUGCCCCGACUGUGGCCGGGUCUUUAGAACCUACCAUCAAAUGGUUGUCCACUCCAGAAUACACGGUAAAGACAGAAGAAGCAAUGAUGAAGCACUUAAUCAAGGCCUGGACGAGCGUCGCGGCUCAGCCAGCGACCCCGAGUCCCAGUCCAUCAGCCGCUCCACCACCCCUGGCUCAUCCAACGUGACUGAGGAGAGUGGGGCCGGGGGAGGACACUCGCAGACAGGAAGUGUCCAAGAUGACAGCCCCCAUCCCUCCUCACCGUCCUCAGAUGCUGGGGAGGACGUGGGCAAGGCAGCGGGGAACAUUCAGCCGCCUCCCUCCCAGGUUCGGGAGCGCUGUCUCGGCUCAUCCUCCAAAGAUUGCCCCUACUGUGGCAAGUCCUUCCGCACCUCUCAUCAUCUCAAAGUCCAUCUGCGGAUACACACAGGAGAGAAGCCCUACCGAUGCCCUCAUUGCGACUAUGCUGGCACCCAGUCUGCCAGUCUCAAGUACCACCUGGAGCGCCACCAUCGCGAGCGUCAAAAUGGCUCUGCCACAUCUGGUCCAUUCUCCGGACACAAUGCAAGUUCUGACCACAAGGAGGAUUCUGGGAAGGCAGGUAGCGGUAUCUUUGCCCGACCAGAUGUGCUCCGUAAUGUUUUUAAGGGCGUGCCAGCCAGUCUAGGUGGUCCAUUGCUGCCACAUCAGUGGGCGUCAGCUGGCAUGGUGUCUUCUCAUGACCGAGAUCGUGACCGUGGGGAUCGCCGUUUUGAUUCCGCCUCUUCAGCAGAAAACUUGAAGACGGCUGAUGGCCCUACUCCCAUCGUGCCAACAGCAACAGAUAGGGCUGCAAGCUUCUCUGAUCUAAGCAGGGCUUACCAAAGCAUGAUGGGAAAUGGAGUCCACUUUCAAGGUUCUCUCCAGGCCUUCAUGGACAACUUUGUCCUCAGCUCCAUGAAGAAAGACGUGAAAGAUAGCCAGAGUCCAGUCCAGCUCCCGGCCCACCACUACCAUGACAAUGGCGAGCCCAAAGCUAAGCGAGCAGUCCCCACCGACCAGGACAGGCGGGAAAGGGCUGAAGCAAAGCAGAAAGAGCCUGGAAAGCCUGGAUCCCAGUAUGAACCACUUGAUCUGUCUGUAUCUGUCCGUCCUGAGUCUGCUUCUGAAUCCCUUCCUGGCUCCUCAGUCACUGUUCAUGAUAACGUAGCUUGGCAUGGCUGCCUGUUCUGCUCUUUUUCCACUCCUUCAUUGGAGCUCAUGGCUCUACACCUCCAGGCCAACCAUCUGGGCAAAGCCCAAAUGCAACGAUCCGAUGCAGGCAAGGAUCUUCAUCAAGAGGAUUCUCCCAUCAACUCCUCCAUUCACUCUUCCAACACCAAGGCUUCUCAUUUGGCUCUUGACAGAGAUGGAGAUAAAGAUGGCGAAAAAAGCCAAAAAGUCUGGAACAACCACAUGGACCAGCCGUACAACCCCUUCCAGAGUGAUUUCUUUAGGAGGUUUGGUGGCUUAUAUGAUGGAUCUCCAAGAGUCAGUCAGAGCCUUCAGGGGUAUAUAGCAGAGCAGGGCCUGGAGCUGCCUAUCCAGCCCUUUGGAGGAGCAUCUUCAGUUGUUGAUGAACAGAUUGGUGAGAGGGGAUCUUGUGAAGAUGCCGAAGAUGACCACGCUGGCUCUGAUGAAGACGCUGCAAAAGCUGGUGAGCACAGUACCUCUGAGACCCCCUCAAACACCCCCAGGAGAGAACAGUUAAGGAACCAGUCAGAUGAAGAGGAGGAAGAGGGUGGACUCAUUGAAGAAGACGAAAGAGGUGAAGAUGAGCAAAUGAACAUGGAGGGAGAAGAGGAUCAACGUCUGGCUUUAGAUCAUCUCCAGACCCACCUGAAACAGCUGCAAGAUGACUCCUCUCUCCCCCCAAAGAGAGGAGCAGGUCUGACGGUGUCCUCUUCCACAAUGACACCCCUUUCUGUGGUUCCACAACCCCAGAACCAGCCCCUGCCUCUGGAGAAACAGUGGCAGCAGAGCCUGGGCCUCCUCUCCCCCGGAGCUCCACCGGGACUUCUGAAAGCCGAGCAGCAGACCCACCUAGAGCAGCAGAUGAACAUGCUGUCUGUUCUCAGAGCCUACAGCAACGACAACCUCCCCGCGUUUAACGGUCUGGGAGGCGGAGGUGGCGGAGCAACCACGGGGGGCAUGAAGAGGUCUGAUGCACCUGGUGAGUGUGUGCAACACCCAGUAGCACUGUAACUGCUGUAGAGCAUAUGCACACACACACACACACACACACACACAACAGCAUCAGAGGAAACUAUACACACACAUAAAACACAAAUUGAAACGCUGAUUGAAUUUCCCCGUCAUUGCACGCACAUCCACACCUAACACACACAUUUUUUACUUCAUCUUUUUGCUUGACACCCACAAAGGAAUUUCAGACUCUCACUGAACGUCUCCAGAUUGGCUCUGAAGUGAUUUCAGCCUUAUUUCAAGCAAGUUUAGAAGCUAUCAGCCUGGCGACUAGCAACAGAUUAAUCUUUAUUACACAUUUAUAUUACGGGGAGUGCAGUGCCUCCCCCCCUGCUCCACAGCAUGGGGGGAAUAACCCUGGAUGAGUCAGAGCAGGACCUCAGUUCCCCGUGCCAUCUCCUCCACAUGUCUCUUAACUAUCUUAGCUCUCAUAAAGCCGGCUCCCAAAAGCCCAUUACUUUAUAAGGCUCGUCGAUCUAUGACCCUGUGAAAAAUGAACUGUCAACUUUCAUGAUUCUGCGAAGGUUAUAGCCGCUCCUUCAGACUGAAGAAGCAAGUAUUUUCCCCUCCUCUCCUUUUUACAAUGCUCUUCUGCAAUUUUAGGGUGGUUGCUGGUUGCCGAGUGUCUCUGUAGACAGAAAAUAAAACCCGGUGUUGGUGUUAAGAUUUAGAAAUAUUGACUCACACACUCUGGAGAAAAGAAACAGGAGAAUUAGUCCUUGUGGUGGAAGAAGAGAAAUGCUCCAGUCUUUAGAGUGAAAAUGGAAUAACUAGAACCAAAUAAUGGAUAUUUCAUCAGUUUCACACAACAGAAAGGAUAGAAAUUAAACAUUAGACCAGUGUUGCCGCGCAGUCUGCUAAACCGAGGAGAAAAUGCUUUGUGGCAGGAUGUUCUUAUAUUUGUGUACAAUGUAAUCCCAAAGCUCCCCUCAUAAAGGCAAGAUAUGUAACGUGGGUAGCUCCUUUUGCAGCUAGGAAUGCCUGACCUUUAUUCUGCAGAUAAGGCUUUCUCUGGUGAACAAAAGCCCUUUUGGAUGUCCUCGGCUGAGUCCGACAAGUUAAACACCAGUCACUAUGUAUCAGUCCUCCUGCCACAUCUUCAGAUGGGCCUCGGGUGUGCCGUUAGCAUCAUAAAAACCACGGCAGGUGUCGUGAUCAUCAAGUAAUCCCGUGUAUGUGGAGUUUGCUACUGAAGGCGAUACGACAAAAGACACAGUGGUUACCAAACACUUAGACCGCCGUCCCGAUGAACAAACAGUUGAAGGACACACACAUUGCAAGAAGGUUAUCAAAAAUCAAAUAAUACUGCAACAUUUUUGUGUUUUUACACAUUUUUUAAGUGUAAAAAAUAAUUUAGAAAAGCAACAACAAUAAACAGUAAGACAAGAAAUGCUCACGUUUAGAUCCGUAACAUCAAGACAGUUUAACAAAUAAUGGCUAGAGAGAAAAACAUGUCUGUAAAUCUAUCAAUUUCAUCCGUAAAACGAAAAAUGACUUCUGGAAAUUACCUCCUCAAUUUAAACUGAAAGAGUAUUUUUUCAAUCCUUUUUGAAAACUCUAUAAAUAACAACUAUAAAUGGAUGUGAGUAGUUUAAUACGAGCACCUUGUUGUUUGUCCUUGUUACGCCAGCGUUGUCCUUCAUUGACUUUCUAUCCUCCACUGUGAAGCUGUCCAAACUGGUGAUUGUUGGUGACUUUAACAUCCACGUUGAUGAUCCCUCUGAUCACUUUGCCAUGAAUUUCUCCAGCCUUAUGGACUCCUUCAGGUUUACCCAGCAUGUUUCUGGCCCCACACACACCAGGGGACACACUCUGGACCUUGUUUUUACCCUGAGUCUAAAUGCUGACAGUGUUUGUCCUGAGGAUGUUUAUAUUUCAGAUUACCAUUACAUUUUCUUUAACUUG